AAUGGCUUCAGCAGGUAUCAUCGGCCACGAAGGUGUCCUUUGGGCUCACAGCGCCAAUUUCCCAAUUAAGUUUAAAUCUAAAGAAAUAGUUGAAAUCAUGGAAGCAUUUGAGUCACCAAGAAAACUUGUUCGAAAAGGCCUACACAUUGGUGGCACCAAGUAUGAAGUUACAAACGUGGAAGAAGAACAUGUAAUAAACGGUAAUAAGGGCACCGGUGGAAUCGUGGUGAAGAAGACGAGUAUGACACUGCUGGUCGGGAUAUACAACGAGCCGAUGACGCCAACGUGCAAUGCGAGAGUUAAGAGGGUCGCCUCUCUCCUCAAUGAACAAGGCUACUAAUUUCUAAAAAACGCUCAUUUUUCAACAAACUACAUUAUUUCUCUUUGUUUUAUUGGUGUGUGACAAACAAUGAUAAAUUUAUGGAGUAUAUUAUUGUAUU